CGAAGCAGCUCUGAGGCCAGGUCGAACUUGCCGCCUUGGCAGUAGAUGUCAGCUAGCAGAAGCCAGCUCUUUUCCAGGUCUUCGGCCUCAUCCAGCGUCCACGGGACCUUGGCGAGGCGCUUCAGCUGCGUGCGGGCCUUGGGGACUUGCUUCAGUAGCAUGUAGGCCUGUGCCAUGGCCAGCAAUACAGGGAUACUGUCCUUCUGCACACGCGCGGAAGCAUGAGUGGGACACUGGGACACUUUGGCGUUCACCCCCAUCUUGACCCCUGCCCACCAGAACCCAUCCCUGGCUCUCGCACCUCAGCCUGGGCCAUCUCGAUAAAGGCCCCGAGAGCCGCCUCUACAUUCGCCUUCUCCCUGGUGGCCAGCAGGCAAAGGCUCUGCAACAGCCGCAGCUGGGUCUGCCUGGAGUCCGAGUGAGGGUAAAAUUCCCGCAGGAGCUUCUCUGCCGUGCGCACCCCGUGUUGCUGGGACUCUUUCCUACUGGUGGAGCUGUAGGCACGGGGCUCGGGCUGACAGCCUGCUUAUGUGGCCCUCACCUGGCCUGGCAGAGGCCCCUUCCUGUGCCCCGCCCCCUGCUUACCCCAGCCCUCUUACUUGCUAUCAGCCAUCAGGCUCUCGAAGGUCUCCCCACCGACAAUCUCGUUAUCAGGGUUCAGACAGAUCUGGACCAUGUAGCAGGUGGCAAUCUGGCCCCAGGUGCUGUCCUUUCGGGCUUUGUUCAGAAACUUCAAGGCUUCAUUGGGCUGUCCAAUGUGCCUACAAAGAGUGCAGGAAAUGCCAGGCGUCGGUAAGAGGAGCUGUGUAAGGCACGUGGAGACCAGGGUGCGUGGACACAUGGGGAGCACUCUGGAUAUCUGGUCUGAGCGUUUCCUGGAGGCUGCUCUCUGCUUCCCCUCUGCCGAGCGAGACCCUGACUAUCUGCUAGGGAGACCUGUUAUCCUACCACGGACCCUCGGUAUGCUCCAGGCUAACUCACCAGCAGUAAAGGCCUUGGCAGUAGUUAAACCCUGGCUCCAAAGGCACCCGGCUAGACACCUUCUUGGCCAGUUCAAAGAAAGCAGGAGCCUCUUCAAGCUUGCCACUCCGUCGUAGCAGAUCGAUCAACUUAUUCAAUACCAAAAAAUUGUCUAGAGAGAGAGAGCGAGAGAGACAGAGCAGAAAUCUGCAGCAUGCAGUGGACAGCGCUGCACCAGGUACAGGAGAACUCGCCGGCCCAGCAGGCAGGCCUGGAACCCUACUUCGACUUUAUCAUCACCAUUGGGCACUCGAGGCUGAACAAGGAGAAUGACACACUGAAGGCCCUGCUGAAAGCCAAUGUGGAGAAGCCGGUGAAGCUGGAGGUCUUCAACAUGAAGACCAUGAAGGUGCGCGAGGUGGAGGUGGUGCCCAGCAACAUGUGGGGUGGCCAGGGCCUACUGGGAGCCAGCGUGCGCUUCUGCAGCUUCCGCAGGGCCAGCGAGCACGUGUGGCACGUGCUGGACGUGGAGCCCUCUUCUCCUGCUGCCCUGGCUGGCCUGUGUCCCUACACAGACUAUGUGGUUGGCUCUGACCAGAUUUUGCAGGAGUCUGAAGACUUCUUUUCACUCAUUGAAUCCCAUGAGGGGAAGCCCCUGAAGCUGAUGGUGUAUAAUUCCGAGUCCGACUCCUGCCGGGAGGUGACUGUGACUCCCAAUGCAGCCUGGGGUGGAGAGGGCAGUCUGGGGUGUGGUAUUGGUUAUGGGUACCUACACCGAAUCCCAACACAGCCCUCCGGCCACUACAAGAAGCCAGGCGGGACCUCACCGUCUGGUACUCCAGCAGCUAAUACUCCACAACCUAGUGACUUGCCUCUUGGUGCCCCACCACCGUGGCCCAUCCUUCAAGAUUCUUCCAGCCCAGAGUUGGGUUCCAGACACAGUGACUACACGGAGGCCCUGACACAGGUCCCCAGUGGCUCCACGGAAGGGCAGCUCCUUGGUCCUGGGAGUCCUAGCCAUGGUGCUGCUGACUUUGGGGGAUGCCCACAUUCCAUGGAGAUCCCUCUUCAGCCUCCACCUCCAGUGCAGCGGGUUAUGGACCCAGGCUUCCUGGAUGUGUCAGGGAUGUCUCUUCUAGACAGCAGCAACACCAGUGUAUGCCCCAGCCUGUCCUCCUCCGUAGUGCUGACCUCCACAGCUCUCAGCGCCUCGGGACCAGAGGACAUGGGUUCCAGUAGCAGUUCACAUGAGCGGGGUGGGGAAGCCACGUGGUCAGGUUCCGAGUUUGAGAUCUCCUUCCCGGACAGUCCCGGGGCCCAGACCCAGGACUACCUGCCCCAGCUGACUCUCCCCGACGGACUCACCUCUGCAUCCUCACCAGAUGGGCUGUCUGCGGAGCUGCUGGAGGCACAGACUGAGGAGCCAGCAGACACAGAGACCGAGGGGGUCGCCCUAGAACCGCAGCCUGGGCUGUGAGAAGGGUCCGUGACCUUUGGUGUUGCUUAGCUUGUCUGUGUAGCUCCCAAAGGCAUGGGCUUUGCCGUGGUCUCCUAGGGUCCCACCUUUACCCCAGUACAUGGUCCUGGACUGAAGGGGCAGGGAAGCUGGGAGCAACAGCAUUGAAGCCUCAUGGGUAGGGAGAGGCAGCAGGGCCCAAUCUUGAGUGUGAAGACGAGGGACAAGAGAGGCUAUGUCUUCCAGCAGCCCCCCUUGUACUGAGGUGGGGUUCCAAGUCCCAGGGCCCUCCCUUCCCAUUCUAAUCCUUACGCUGGAGGAGAGAGGUGUAUACUUGGCCACUUUCUUCUCAAGUUGGAAAAGGCCCUUCUCAGGGAUCUACCUGUGCUAGUGACACCUUCCCCUCCCCACAGGAGAGACACACUCUAGCUGUGGUGUCCCGUGACCCCUCCUACCAGGGGCCCCACAUACAGACAACUGCCUGAGUGCAGAAGGUAUUCAGCCAGGUCUGAUGGCUCCUCCAUUGAAACCCCUCUACCUCUUUGCUAGAGACCAGGUGAGAGUGGGUACAGGCCUUCUGUCUGUCCUUAGUAUGAGGGAAACUGUCCUGAAAACUCUAGGUGCCUCGAGUUUAGAGGCUAAGGCUAGGGGAGGUUGUGGGCUCUGCUGGCUUUCUACAUGGCCAGGCAUGCCCUCUGCAGUUGCAGUCUCCUGCAUCAUCACUGUACGCGGCCUUUGGUCGUUUCCCAUCUGUGUAACUCUAUGUACAGGGCACUCACUGUGCUAGGAAGCACCGGCCGAGCAAUGCAGUGGGCCACCAGAUGGGCAAACGCUAGGAAUACAUUUAUAGCCAGGUCUAUGAGGGAGGCAUCCCAGGGCCUCUUGGUGAGUGCCAGGAAUGUGGGCACACAACAGGGUCACCCCCACAGGGCUGCUCUGGGGCCAGCUCACCUUAGCUCUGUAGCUAGGUGCUCUGAGCCCUGGUUGCCCUAACUGGAAGGUUCUGUUCCCGAGAGACCCCAUAAGCAGGUUAAGAUGGAUGCUGAGGGUGUUUUCUUUCCCCAUAGUCUGCUGUGAAGGAAAACGACAAAUGGAAAAAUAAAUGUGUACGACACUGAAGUAUUUUAACUAAAGCUUUAUUCUAUACAACCUGAAA